GAUGAAUCUAGAUGAUCAAAUGGAAAGAUGUGAUGUAGAAUAUUGUAAAAGAAGAGAUUUCUUACCAUUUAAAUGUACAUUAUGCAAUAAAAAAUUUUGUCUUGAACAUAAGGAAUUAAAAGAACAUGAAUGCCCAUUUUAAUUUGCAGAAAGGAAAGCUCUUAAAUGUAAUUAAUGCAAUUAAGUUAUAAAUUAUCUUUCAACUUAAUUUGAAAUUGAUGUUUUGAAGUAGCAUGUCUGUUAAAAGAUUAAUGUAGAAAAAUCAAGAUGUCCACAAUGCAAAAUUACUUUAAAUGAUCUUAAUAAAUUUCAUUGUACUUCAUGUAAAAGGCUAGUAUGUUUAAAACAUAGAAUGAAAGAUGAUCAUGAAUGUGAGAAAUUCAGUAAAUUUAAUUAUUGCAUACUAAUGUGA